AUGUCAAAAGAAAGUGUAAAUAAAACAUACGAAAACUGAAAAAAAAAUUAAAUAAAUCUUCAUAAUGUCUUUUAAUCCCAAUGUCUCUUUAAUAGAUUUGGGAAAGCAACUUCCUUUCGAUAUAGAUGACAACAUAAAAAGUGAAAUAUGUUUUGGUGAGACACUUGUUAUAAGUUGUGGUCAUUAUGAAGGCGACAUUGAAACGGAGUCAACAGAUUCUGAUUGGUCAUGCUAUGAGAGUACAGAGAGUGAAAGUUCGGAGGAAGUAAAAAACGAUACAGUGUUUGAAGUAAAAGAUCAUGUUGAAGAGGAAGCGGUUGCUCAGGAAGAAGUCGCAGAGGAAGAGCACGACUUUCACAUAUAUUUCUUUCCUGACUGCAAUAAGCCGCUUCCUUCCCAAGAUAGUAAAGCAAGCAUACUUAUAGAAGAUGGCAUGCCAAAAGUUAAUCCCGCUGCCCAAGAUUUUACUUUUUGUACAUGUGAUGUAGACAAUACGGGAAAAUGUUCAUGUUUUGUAAAAUUGCCAUGUAAGUGUGGAGCAACAGUUGCGGAAGAAUGUACUUGUGCCAAAUUGCACGACAUCUGCAUUUGUAACGAAGGAAAACCGCAAGUGACAUGUUCUUGUAAAGGUAGCGAUGUAUGUGUAUGUCUCCCUGGUGAUAAGAUGCACGCUACUUGUGUAUGUGAAGAAGUCAAUAAGCCUUGUGUUUGUCUUCCUGGUAAAUUUCCAACGCCCAUUUGUGUUUGUAAACAUAAACCUAAAUACGAGGUAGAUAUUAAAAAAACAUCUGAGAAUGGAGAAGGAGGACAAGGAAAUGCAAUUGAAACAGAUAACUCUAUUAAAGUCGACGAGCCAUGCGAUUGUCAACAGAUAGAAUUGAAACCUCCUUGCUUGUGUUUAAAAAGUGAAACAUGCGUAUGUGAGACUGUAUGCGUUUGUGAUAUUCGAAAGCCGUGUAUUUGUGAGCCGACUGAGAGUAAAGAAAAAGUUUGUUUAGGCGAUGACACGAAAUCUGUUUGCAGCUGUGCGGAACAAAAAAUGUGUACAUGUGACGCUGAUACCCCUGAAAACUGCAAAUGUUUUCCAAAAGUAAUUUGCACUUGUGGUGAUCCAGAGAAUUGUAAAUGCUUUGCUAUUUGUGAUUGUACAGAACCAUGUAUCUGCGAUACACAUAUAAAAAAUGUUGAGUCGGAGGAAUGUCCUUGUUUAACUACGCCGAAGAGACUCAAAGAUGGCGUGUGUACAUGCGCGGUUAAAAAAGAAGAAGAUAGAACUUUAAAAAAAGUGCGUGCCGGCGAGCAUGGCUAUCGCUGGUGUCAUACAGUUGAUCCAAAACAUACAUAUUUUGAUUAUGGUUAUGGACGUCAUGAUAAGAUAUCUUACAAGGAACCAGUACUGGAAAAAGUCAAAAUAUUAGGACUCAACGAGGAAAAACCGGACGAAGAAGUGUGUGUAGUGCACGGAAUUCAAGCCCCUCCAUAUAAAAAGAAUAUUAGGAAACCUUCUUUAGACUGUUGUAGUUCCGUUGGAGGUAUAAGUAUUUGCGUUGAGACUCUCGGAGAAGAUAAAGAUAGAUUCCUUGUCCAAGUUGUGUCGCAUUCUUCUAAGGAAGGGGCUAAAAGUGGGUCUAAAUUAGUCAGCAUUUUAGAUACUAAUCUACAUACAAUGGAGGAAAGCAGAAUUGAGCACAUUACAAAGAAACAUGUUACAAAAGAACGAAGAAAUUACAUAGCAAUAUGUGAAAGCGGCUACUAUAAUAAAGUAACGCGUAUUUGCGGCGAACAACACGUUGUGCGGCGAUUGUACCAUACCUUCGAAGCCGCACAUAAUUUCCUACUGGAAGGUGCGAACGUGGUACUACUUAGGUAUUUCGGUAUUCGCAGGUACAGAGGCAAUAUCAAGACGGAGACUGUGCUAAUGGACGGGACAGUUUGCGAAAGUAUUUAUGUAUGUCUUGGAGUGAGUCAAGCUAUUGUGAAUGGUAAGCCUUUGUUUGUGGUAAAGGUGGAGCGUCACAUUAUAGCGCCUUCUGGAUUCAUUCAUCAAACUUUAACCGUCUUAACUCUCAGAGGAUACAUCGUGAGUCACGAGUGGGCUGAUACAAACUACAUAUUACAUUUGAAUCCCCUUCUGCGUGUUGUGCCUGAGAAGGAUGAGAUCGAGGUUCAUGCCCCGCUGCGUGAUAAGUGGCGUGACGAUCUCCAGCUGUUAUCAGAUUACUUGGACUUCAAGAGCAUUCGAUCAUCGGAAGGCGGACGAUAUGUGACAGAAAGCGGGGCACUUACUGGCACGAUCCGCGACUAUCUACAGGCUCUCCUCCUUUUGCGACCACACGACGCCCUGAACUUCACAAGACAUUACUUCGGAUCGGCUUUAUCGGCACUAGAUCUACCUAACAACGAGUACUUCGACCCCACUUCCAAACACGUGAGGUACUAUUUCUUCGAGGAGUAGAAAUGUGAUUUAACACCGAAGUUCAAAAUUGAUUUAAAAAUAUUAGUUUCGGUGCCACGAAGCGGUCCAUUUAAAUUUCUGUCACAUGAAAAUCCUAUUCAAUUUCAACGAAAAUGACAAAUCUCGGAUUAUUUCAGACACAUUUUGAAGUAUUUACAUUCAGUGUGAUUUUAGUGCAAAUUUUAUUCUUACAAAUCUUUUGUUGAAUAUUUCCAUUACUAUAAAAUUAAUUUGAAUAUAGACAUUUAUAAACGUU